UCGUCAAAAAGAAACAAGAUGAAUAUCUUUAACCAAUCUCAAAACCUAGUCCUAGCCACAACCAUUUUCCUUGUUUUCAUUGCUCCCCUAAGAGCCCAAGACAGCCCACAAGACUUUUUGGCCGCUCACAACCAAGCACGAGCAGCGGUUGGGGUGGGUCCUUUAACGUGGGACGAGAGAGUGGCUGCAUAUGCUCGCGACUACGCAAACCAGCGUAGAGGUGACUGCGCCUUGGAACACUCGAGUGGGCCCUAUGGAGAGAAUAUUGCCUGGAGCAGCGGUGACAUGUCAGGCAUUGGAGCAGUUAACAUGUGGGUGAACGAGCAGGCUGACUAUGAUUAUGGUUCCAACACCUGUGCCUCGGGAAAACAGUGUGGCCACUAUACUCAGAUUGUGUGGAAAAACUCGGUGAGGAUGGGAUGUGCAAAAGUGAGAUGCGACAAUGGUGAAACCUUCAUUACGUGCAACUAUGAUCCUCAAGGUAAUUUUGUGGGCCAGUGGCCUUACUAAGUCUGAAUUUUUCGAAAAGUAUGUUAUACAUACAUGUAUGUAUUAUUGUUUCUAUGUUGUUCAGUUAUACCAAUCUUCAUCAUCAGCUAAUAAUGAUUGGUUUCUCCGGUUCAGUUCUCUUUGUACCAUAUAUAUGUGGACUUUUGUAAUGGAAUAAUAAAAAUGCAAUGCUACGGCUUGCACUUGCUUUGUGUG